AUGGACGCCAUGUUUUCUCAAGCUCUCCUUCUGAUCGUAAUCAUUCUCUCUUUAUUUGCAGGAAGAGGCAUUGCAGACAAGGCUCAGGCGUUAUUUGUGUUUGGAGAGUCUUAUGCCGACACGGGAAAUCGCAAUCAAUACAAUCAAAGCGUAAACCAGUCAUGGAGACGACCAUACGGUUUGACCUGGCCUGGCUAUCCUGCAGGCAGAUUUUCUUCUGGAAAAAUCCAGACAGAUUUUUGGGGGGAUGUUUUAGGGCUUCCCGUUCCCAUAGCUUAUGAGCUGCUGAGAAGUCAUGGCGGUAAAGCAAAGACUAGACAAGGAGUGAAUUUUGCAGUGGGAGCAAGUGGAAUAUUUCAAGCCUUUGGUUUCAUAACAGUAGCACAACAGGUAAAGCAGUUUAAGGAGUUAAGUCAUGAGUUCGAUUCUCACAAGCUCUCACGGUCUGUAGUGCUUAUUUCGGUUGCUGGCAGUGACUACCGUGCAUUCCUUUCUGGAAGAAAUGGCUCUACUGAGGGACUGAUAGAUCUGGUGCAGCCUGUGGUUAAUGGGAUAAUCGAUGCUGUGAAAGAUUUGUAUGAAGUCGGACUUAGGAAUUUUGCAGUGAGUAAUACUGGUCAUUUUGGGUGCGAGCCUCAGAUUGGCAAGACAUCCUGCAAUUCCAACUUCGAUGAGCUUUUGGCUCUUCAUACCAGAUUACUGAGGGAGGGAGUUGAAAGCCUCAGAUCGAAUCACAAGGAUUUGUCUAUCAUAAUUACAGACUUGGUGUCUGCAACUAAUUAUGUUUUCUCCAAUCCUCAACAAUUUGGUUUUGAGGAUUUGUUCGUUCCUUGUUGUGCUCAGAAAGGCGGGAUUAAUCUGUGUGGAGAGGUGGACGAAGUAGGAAGGGCAUUAUAUGAAGUGUGUUCUGACGUAGCUAAAAAGUUCUUCUGGGAUUUUGUGCAUCCAACGCAGAGAGGAUGGCAUGCGAUUAUGUCGCUCUACAGUAACGGAGUGAAAGGGGAGAAUACCAGAAUCAGUUUUAUUGAGGGAGCGCCAAACAUUAUUAAAGCAAUCAGUAAUGUUGAGGAGAUCAUCAAUGCCCAACGUAAUAGCUUCCAAAUCUUGGAAAACAGAGUUGGGGCUACUAAGAAAAGGCUAGAAGAGGUUGAGAAUAAGCGUAAAAAUAUUGGGGAGCAGAGUCAUAAGAUCUUAAAGGCCGCCUCUGAAAGCAUGAAGGUUUUUUUCAGCAAGCUUGAUAGUGAUUAA